AUGGAUUUGAUUUCUGAAUUGCCUGAACAGGUUCUUCAUCAUGUACUUUAUUUUCUUGCUCCCAGAGACGUAGCCAAAACAAGUAUUUUGUCCAAGGCAUGGAGAAGUAUAGCGUUAUCAUGUCCCUAUGUGGAUUUGAGGACCGAACAUUACUUUAAGUCAACAGAGAUUAGUUUCAAACAAUAUGUGGAGACUACUUUACAAAACUGCAUCGCCAAAAACCUGGGUUUGCAAGCAUUCAAGCUGAGAAUAUUCUACUAUAAACCAGAAGAAUGGGAUAAUCUAAUUGACCGGUGGAUAAAUUUUGUGACUAAGACUAGUAGUAGACUUGAGGAGUUUGCUAUUGACCUUAGGAAGACUAAGAAUGCACCUUACAAAUUACCUGACUGUGUUAUCUUUUCUUUCAACACAUUAAUCGAAUUAUCUUUAUCUGGAUUUGGACUUGACAACUCUAGAAAGUACUGCAAUAUAAAUCUUCCUCAUCUACAACGUUUGGUUCUGUGUGAUAUGGAUGUGGAUGAUACAUUUGUCCUGAAUUUUAUAUUUAGCUGUCCUUUGCUUGAGAAGUUGGUAAUCAAGGGAUGUGAGAUGCUGACAAGUCUUAAGGUUUCAAGUCUUCAGUGGAUCAAAAUGAUUCUUAUUCAAUACUGUGGAAAGCUUACAAAGGUUGAGAGUGUGAUAAUCUAUGACAAAUUUAGCGAACAAGUUCUCCUUAUACUGGAGGAACUCAAAGAUUUGAAUCCCUAUGUCACAAUUUCAUUAAUGAGCUCUGGAAAUUGGUUGCGCUUUCUGUUUUCGGAGCAAUGCUGGGAUAACAUGUACGUGGCAUCAUCAUCUCUCAAUAAUGACAUUAUAAGGGUAUUUUGCGAUGAAGUAUUUGAUAAAAAAACAGGAAAGAUUUGCCGCUUCAAUAGCUUUACUAAACCUUGCAUUCGCGACUACAACUUGGAUGGUGUUGAAAUUGAGAGAAUAGAUUGGAUAGGAGAGAGGGAUAAAAUUCCUCCAUUGUUGAAGCCACAUCAAAAAGAAUUCUACAACAUAAUCAGCGUGAAUUUGAAAUGGCAGAAAAAUGAGAUAUGUAGCUAA